AUGGCUGAACCAUCCAUGAAGCAAAUAGUUGAUGCAAUCAAGUUAAUGGGAAGUCAGAUGCUGGCAAUGACCCAAGUGUUAACACCAGUAGUGAACUCAUCAGUAGGUCAGACUACUCAAGCUCAAGUGAUAGCUGGUGGAGCUGGUGGUCGAGUUGCACCUGCAGCUGAGGUGAUUGAGCUGGACCCACCAACUGGAACAGCUAAGAAGGUUGAUUACCUGAAUGUUCUGGAGCAUAUCUCUCGCUUGGGAACAAAACACUUUGCUGGAAGUCUUGAUCCUCUAGAGGCAGAUGAGUGGAGGACCAGGUUGGUUCGCAACAUCAAAUCAACUCGCUGCCCAGAUGAGUAUCAGAAAGAUAUUGCAGUCCACUUCUUGGAAGGGGAUGCACACAACUGGUGUUUGGCUCUUGACAAGCGUACCAAUGCAGAGGCAUGUGAUCGUUUGGAGUCUCAAUUCUUGGACUUGGUCCAGGGAAAUAGAUCAGUUCGUAAGUAUGAAGUGGAGUUCAACCGCCUUAGGCGCUUUGUGGGAAGGGAGCUGGAGGACGAGGCAGUUCAGGUCCGCCGGUUCAUAAGAGGCCUUAGGGUCGAACUCAUGACCUACUGCUCGGUCCGUACCUUUCACACAGUGUCUGAGCUGAUGGAGAGAAUGGCAAUGCUGGAGACCAAUCUUGUUGAGGAGAACAAGCAAAGGCUUAAGAGUGUGGUGGUGUCUUCUGGUCAGAGUGGCGACUGGAAGAGAAAGAGGGAUGCGGCCGAAGGGGGUAAAACUUCAAGUGGUAGGCCUGAGUGUCCCAAAUGUGGAAAACACCAUGGAGGCGACUGCUGGAAGGCUAUGGGAGCAUGUACCCGUUGUAGUAAGAUGGAUCACUCAGCUCGAGAUUGCCCUGGUCCGGAUAGGAACCGUGGGCAAGGCUCGACCAGUGAGGCCAGAACUUGUCACCAGUGUGCCAAGAGAGGGAAUUUUCGUGUGGACUGUCCUCAGUUGCAAUCUGGACAAGGAAGGGGUCGAGUUGAGAACAACCGACCAGACCACAAGCAAGGCUAA